UUUGGACGUUGGAGCUGAUCUGAGUAGACGUUUAUUCGAUACAGAUUUCGUAUAUGCGCUGGAAGCAUAUCGAUUGAUUUCAAACAGACACUUUUCACUGAAGUGAAGCCACCGCCACCAUGAAAGCUGUGCUGUGUACUAUGGUGUCACUCAUUGUGAUGGGAAGUGCGCACGCAACUUACUCAUCAUCACAAUCAUCGGAAUUUAGUUGUUGGAAUUUCGACCAUGACGACGUCGAUGAUUACGACCUGCCUACAAUCAUUAGUUAUCUUCAGUGCCAUGGCUUACAAAAGCACGACUACUUGAAUUGUGAUGGCUUUGCUACAGACGUUUCUACCUUGGUCAAUGGUUUCUCUCAUUACAGACCACGCCGAAUCAGAAAGAUCAUAGCUCUACUGAAAGCGAUCAAGCUUCGAUUCUGUGACAUGACUACCUCCACUGCUCCUACUACUACCCUCCCGCCAACACCAUCGACCACCACCCUCUCGCCAGAACCAUCGACCACCACCCUCUCGCCAGAACCAUCGACCACCACCCUUUCGCCAGAACCAUCGACCACCACCCUCUCGCCAGAACCAUCGACCACCACCCUCUCGCCAGAACCAUCGACCACCACCCUCUCGCCAGAACCAUCGACCACCACCCUCUCGCCAGAACCAUCGACCACCACCCUCUCGCCAGAACCAUCGACCACCACCCUCCCGCCAGAACCAUCGACCACCACCCUCCCGCCAGCACCAUCGACCACCACCCUCCCGCUACCACCAUCGACCACUACCCUCCCGCUACCACCAUCGACCACCACCCUCCCGCUACCACCAUCGACCACCACCCUCUCGCUACCACCAUCGACCACCACCCUCCCGCUACCACCAUCGACCACCACCCUCCCGCUACCACCAUCGACCACCACCCUCCCGCUACCACCAUCGACCACCACCCUCCCGCUACCACCAUCGACCACCACCCUCCCGCUACCACCAUCGACCACCACCCUCCCGCUACCACCAUCGACCACCACCCUCCCGCUACCACCAUCGACCACCACCCUCCCGCUACCACCAUCGACCACCACCCUCCCGCUACCACCAUCGACCACCACUCUCCCGCUACCACCAUCGACCACCACCCUCCCGCUACCACCAUCGACCACCACCCUCCCGCUACCACCAUCGACCACCACCCUCCCGCUACCACCGUCGACCACCACCCUCCCGCUACCACCAUCGACCACCACCCUCCCGCUACCACCAUCAACCGCCUCUGCGGGACAAAAUGCGAUAUAA